GCAGCACGCGAGAUUUCCUACGUUCCUUUUCUUCUAGCAACUUCCUGGAUCGUCACUCUCUGCUGAGAUUUGAGUUAGAUAGGAGAAUUUGGAGAACUCUGGCAGCUUGGUGACUUCAGGUGCAGUCAGCUGGGGAACUCACCCUUUGAGGAGCUCUGCGUUGCGUGUCACCUCUUGUAACUGGGCGCCGAAGAAGGACUCCAUGAAAGAUGACAGAGGAGGUCAUCGUCAUAGCCAAGUGGGACUACACAGCCCAGCAGGAUCAGGAGCUGGACAUCAAGAAGAACGAGCGCCUGUGGCUACUGGACGACUCCAAGACGUGGUGGCGGGUGCGCAAUGCAGCCAACCGGACAGGCUAUGUGCCGUCCGAUUACGUGGAGAGGAAGAACAGCCUGAAGAAGGGCUCCCUGGUGAAGAACAUCAGGGACACGCUUGGCCUCGGAAGGACCCGCCGGAAGACGAGCGCACGCGAUGCAUCCCCCACGCCCAGCACGGACGCGGAGUUCCCCGCCAACGGCAGCGGCGCAGACCGCAUCUACGACCUCAGCAUCCCCGCCGUGGUCAAGUUCGCGUAUGCAGCAGAGCGCGAGGAUGAGCUGUCGCUGGUGAAGGGCUCGCGCGUCACCGUCAUGGAGAAGUGCAGCGACGGCUGGUGGCGGGGCAGCUACAACGGCCAGGUGGGCUGGUUCCCGUCCAACUACGUGCUGGAGGAGCUGGACGAGGCAGCCGGCGACGCGCCCGGGGGCUCGAGCCUGCGGCCCGGCGCCACGCUCAGCAAUGGGCAGGGCGCGCGGGCGCUGCAGGUGGUGCAGACACUGUACCCUUUCAGCUCGGUCACCGAGGAGGAGCUCAACUUCGACAAGGGCGAGACCAUGGAGGUGAUCGAGAAGCCCGAGAACGACCCCGAGUGGUGGCGCUGCCGCAACGCGCGUGGCCAGGUCGGCCUGGUACCCAAGAACUACGUGGUGGUGCUCAGCGAGGGCCCGGCCCCGCGCGCUGGCUCCGGACCCACGGAGCCUGCUCGUGCCGGCCGGUUCGCAGGCCGCGAGUGGUACUACGGGAACGUCACUCGCCACCAGGCCGAGUGCGCACUCAACGCGCGGGGCGUUCAGGGCGACUUCCUUGUGCGGGACAGCGAGUCCUCGCCCCGUGACUUCUCCGUGUCUCUCAAAGCAUCAGGGAAGAACAAGCAUUUCAAGGUUCAGCUGGUGGACAACGUCUACUGCAUUGGGCAGCGGCGCUUCCACACCAUGGACGAGCUGGUGGAGCACUACAAGAAGGCCCCCAUCUUCACCAGCGAGCACGGGGAGAAGCUCUACCUCGUCCGGGCGCUGCAGUGAUGCCCUGGGAAGGCGCCCUGGCUGGGCUCUCUUGCAGACCCCGUUCUCUCCGCCUGGUCCCUUCUUUGUCCAGGUCGGUUAUUUGCCACCUGCC